UGCUCAGUUCCUGAUGAUUUAGAGCAGGAGACUGACUGGCAAGGUGUGAAUUGGGAGCUGGCACGCCUCAUCUCUAGAAGUCAUAUUUAAGAAGCCACGUUCUUCAACCUCUUUUUCUCAAAAAUGGGAAAUUCUUACGCUGGGCAGCUCAAAUCAACACGCUUUGAAGAAGUGCUGCAUAAUUCUAUUGAAGCCUCUCUCCGGUCAAAUAAUCUAGUCCCCAGACCAGUUUUUUCACAGCUGUAUUUAGAAGCUGAACAGCAGCUUUCAUCUCUAGAAGCUGGUAAUAGAGCUGAUAAUGAAGAAGAGGAUGAGGAAGAAGAGGAAGAGGAGGAAGGUUCAGAAUCAAGUAGUCCCCCCAUCACGUAUCAGAUGAAAUCACCUCCUGAAGGCUGUUGCACCACUGAUGGUUUCUGUCAGGCUGGUAAAGAUUUGAGAUUAGCAUCCAUUUCCAAUGAACAGAUUGAAGUGCCUUCGGGAUUUCUGCUUGUUGGUGCCAAGUCACCAAAUGUACCUGGUCAUCUUUUGGUGUGUGCCGUAGAUAAAAGAUUCUUGCCUGAUGAUCAUGGGCGCAAUGCCCUCUUAGGUUUCUCUGGCAAUUGUAUCGGCUGUGGCAAGAAAGGUUUCUGCUACUUUACUGAGUUUUCCAAUCACAUCAAUCUUAAGCUGACCACUCAGCCCAAGAAACAGAAACACUUAAAGUAUUAUUUGGUCAGGAAUGCGCAGGGAGCCCUCACUAAAGGGUCUGCAAUCUGCUGGAAGGCGUCAGAGUUCAGAAGCCGGCAGUCUUUAUCCAGCACUGGUUCCAGCUCCUUGUUCCAGCCUCCAGAGAACACAAGUUCCUCAGCUACGGUCACCAAUGAGCCUGUUCUAGCAACCCCUCCAGUUGUUCAAGCUGGGGUUCAUCCGAUGGCUCCUGAGCAUCUCUCCUCAACCGUGUGCCACCCAGUUUACAAUGGCAAAGACUCUCCCCAGCAACACACAGUGAAAAGUGGUGCAUCUUCCAUGACAAGACCAUCUGUAUUAGGCACUUUAACAAACCCAGGGCCACCUAAAAAACGGCACAAGGGAUGGUCGCCAGAGUCUCCAUCAUCCAAUGAAGCCUGGAAUUUGCAGCCCAACCCUCAAAUCGCAAACAGAAAUAAAAGUGAUGGAGGCGGCGGCGGCUUGUCCUGUUUACCUCACGGUUCCUUGGUAGGACCAGCGUCUUCUCCUGCAGUGGCCACAGGAGAACCUGUUUCCAUUCCUGACAACUUGCUUAAAAUAUAUAAAGCAAAGCCUGUCAUAUUUAAAGGGCAUGGAAACUUCCCUUAUCUUUGUGGGAACCUUAAUGACGUUAUAGUGAGCCCUCUCUUAUAUACUUGUUACAAGAAUGCCCAGUCUCUGUCUAGGGCUUAUGAACAAUACGGAGCCUCCACAAUACAGCCAAUUUCAGAGGAAAUGCAACUCUUGCUAACUGUCUAUUAUCUUGUUCAACUCGCUUCCGACCAGGUGCCUUUGAUUGAGGACUUGGAGCAGAUCUUCAUGCGCUCCUGGAGGGAAUCUCACCUGUCUGAAAUUCGGCAGUGCCAGCAGGCCAUCCCGCAAGCUUUCCCGCAGGUUCCUGGCCCCAUUGCCCCCGUCACGUCAGCUCAGCUUCCUUGGCUCGCCGGACUGGCAGCCAGCUCAUGUAAUGACAGUGUUCACAUCAUUGAGUGCAGCUAUUCCUUAGCUGAGGGGCUCUCAGAAAUGUUUAAGAUGCUCAUGGAGGGAAAGCUAGUGAAGACCAACUAUGUGGUGAUCAUCUGUGCCUGUAGGAACAGAACCAUUGACUCUUGCAUUGCUGUCACAGGGAAGUACCAAGCAAGAAUCUUGUCUGAAAGCAUGCUCACACCUGCGGAGUACCACAAGGAAGUUAGUUAUGAACUUGUUACUGGCAAAGCAGAGGCUUUGGGGGCCUUCUUCAGUUCUCUCUGCCCAGACGGUGACACAGAUAUUUUGUUGGAGAAAUUUUAUCAAGAAAAUCAAGCUCACAUGUCGUCAUCUCUCUCUGUGCCCGUGAACAAGCCAGCAACCUUGGAUGUCGCUGGAGCUGCUGUGUGUACAAGUUAUAACCUCGAGCGGCACCAGAUCCGUCCCUUCCAGCUGGCCGUGGCUCAGAAGUUGCUCUCUCAUGUUUGCUCCAUUGCAGACUCCAGCACUCAAAAUCUUGACUUGGGCUCCUUUGAAAAAGUGGAUUUCCUCAUAUGUGUUCCUCCUUCAGAAGUGACCUACCAGCAAACACUCUUCCACCUCUGGCAUUCAGGGGUUUUGUUAGAGCUUGGCUUGGAGAAGGAGCACCUCACGAAGCAGAGGGUGGAGCAGUAUGUCGUAAAACUUGACGCCGAAGCCCCCCAGCAUAAGUUCAAAGCGUUUUUACAAAAUGCCAUGCAGAAUCCACACACGCUGUUUGUGCUGAUCCAUGACCACGCUCACUGGGAUCUUGUGAGUGCUGUUCACAGUCUUUAUCCUCAGUCGUCAGAUCCAGCCAUGGGGCUUGUGGACAGACUGCUGAACUGCAGAGAGGUGAAAGAGGCUCCGAAUAUUGUAACUCUUCAUGUGACUUCCUUCCCUUACGCACUCCAGACGCAACACACCCGCAUCAGCCCUUAUAAUGAAAUCCACUGGCCUUCGUUAUACAACAAUGGCGUAGAUUUAUAUCAUGAAAACAAGAAAUACUAUGGAUUGUCUGAAUUUAUUGAAUCGACUCUUUCCGGACAUAGCCUUCCACUGCUCCGUUAUGACAGCUCUUUUGAAGCAAUGGUCAUGGCUUUGGGGAAGAGGUUUCCCAGAUUACACAGUGCAGUGAUCAGAACGUUUGUUCUUGUCCAACACUACUCUGCUGCCAUGAUGGCAGUCUGUGGGUUAUCUCAGAUGAAGAACUACACGACAGUGGAAACGCUGGAAAUCACUCAGAAUCUCAUCAAUUCUUCGCGGCAGUGCCCUAGCGGACAUGGGCUGAUGGUGGUGUUGAGGAUUCCUUGCACCCCUUUGGCAGCAGUGGCUUACGAACGCCUCAGUCAUGUGAGGGAAAGACUAGCCCUCGAAGACCAUUUUGAAAUCAUCUUGGGGAAGCCCAACUCUGGAAUCACCAUUGGGAAGCACUUCCUGGAGCAGUUGAAGAUUUGGCAGAAAAUUGAGGAUGCUGAGUGGAGGCCCCAGACCUAUUUGGAGCUGGAGGGUCUACCUUGCAUUUUGAUCUUUAGCGGAAUGGACCCUCAAGGGGAAUCCCUCCCAAGGUCCUUGAGAUACUGUGACCUGCGUCUGAUCAAUUCCUCGUGCUUGGUGAGAACAGCCUUGGAGCAAGAACUUGGUUUGGCAGCCUAUUUUGUCAGCUCUGAAAUCCCGGUGGAGAAAGUUGUUACGAGCAGCGAUGUCCUAGAGAGUGAUCCCGAGAAGCUGAGCAGCACCGACAAUGAAGAUGAAGAAACAGUCACAGAAGGCUCAGCUUCGGAAAAGAGAAGCCCUGUCAAAAGGGAAAGGUCAGGCUCCAACGAUUCGGCCGCUUCCUCCUUCUCUUCCAAAGCAUCAAGCACGGCAUUCUGCAGUGAAACGGCCCCUCCUUUGGUCGCUGCUGCAGGGGAAGCAGGAAAGUCGCCUCAUCGGGGCCUUAGCAGCAACGCAGAAGAAAAUGGGACUCGUGCCGAAAAGCCACGACAGAAAGUGGACAAAGACUCCCAGGUGGCGGCCAAAGCCGCUCAGUCUUCCGUCACGUCCUCCUCGCCCUCCCCCUUCUCCUUCUCCUCCACCUCUUCCGCGCCGACCCACGGCUCCUUCGUCCUGCAGGCGCCCCAGUGCCCCAUGACCAAAGCUUCCCAGCAGCCCCCCAUCGUUUACCUGCCUAAGCCGGUCUAUGACGUCGUGACCUCCGCGGACAGCACGGGGCUUCCAAAGUCUUCGUCCCUCUUGCCAUACCACUCAGUGACAUGGGCCAGCUCCUUCCGCCCUCUCAUGAGUAAAAUGAUGACCUGCACGGAACAGUCUCUGUAUUAUCGCCAGUGGACGGUCCCCAAGCCCAUCCACAUGGACUACAACAAUAGGAACGAAGGCCGGAUGGACGCCUUCCACCCGAGGAGGUUGCUGCUGAGUGGGCCGCCCCAGAUUGGGAAGACAGGGGCCUACCUGCAGUUCCUCAGUAUUUUGUCCAGGAUGCUGAUUCGACUGACAGAAGUAGAUGUUUAUGACGAAGAGGAGAUCAAUACUGGCUCUAAAGAAGAAUUGGAGCAAUGCUAUCAUCAGCCAGGGGAGGCUUGGCCUGACCUAGAGGCCUUUAAAAAAAUGCCUUUUGACUAUACUAUCCACGAUCCGAAAUACGAAGAUGCAAGCCUCAUCUGUUCAAGGAUCGCCAAAACAAAGAGUGAAGAUAGAUCAGCAAGCAGAAAACCAGAGGACUUAUAUCUGCGCCGCCAGACGACUCGGAUGAGGCUGUCCAAGUAUGCCGCUUACAACACUUACCACCACUGCGAGCAGUGCCAUCAGUACAUGGGCUUCAACCCCAGGUACCAGCUUUACGAGUCCACCUUGCACGCUUUUGCCUUUUCCUACUCAAUGCUUGGAGAGGAGAUUCAGCUUCACUUCAUCAUUCCCAAGUCCAAGGAGCAUCAUUUCGUCUUCAGCCAUCCAGGAAGGCAGCUGGAGAGUAUGAGACUACCUCUUGUCACUGAUAAGAGUCAGGACUACAUAAAGAGCCCUACUUUUACCCCCACAACUGGACGCCAUGAACACGGACUCUUUAACCUUUAUCAUGCCAUGGAUGGGGCCAGCCAUUUGCACGUCCUGGUGGUCAAAGAAUACGAAAUGGCGAUAUAUAAAAAAUACUGGCCCAAUCACAUCAUGCUUGUUCUCCCGAGUAUUUUCAACAGUGCUGGAGUGGGUGCUGCUCACUUUCUAAUAAAAGAGCUAUCGUACCAUAAUCUGGAGCUGGAACGAAAUCGGCAAGAGGAACUAGGGAUCAAGCCCCAAGACAUAUGGCCUUUCAUUGUCAUCUCGGAUGACUCCUGUGUCAUGUGGAAUGCUGUAGAAAUCGAUUGUUCUGGUGACAGGAAAAGUGAGUACACAUGGACAGAGAGGAAUAUUUCGCUCAAGCAAAUUUUGCAACAUAUUGAAUCCACUCCGAACGUCACCCACUAUGCCUUGAUUGGGAUGAGGAAAUGGUCCAGUAAAACCAAUAGGGGAGAAAUCAAGGAGCCCUUUUCUUUCUGCCACGUGCAUGACUUCAUCAUGCUGAAUGUGGACCUGACACAGAAUGUUCAGUAUAACCAGAACAGAUUCAUGUGUGAUGACGUGGACUUCAACCUGCGUGCCCACAGUGCAGGUCUACUGAUUUGUCGAUUCAAUCGGUUCAGUGUCAUGAAGAAGCAAAUUGCAGUGGGUGGGCAAAGGUCUUUUCAUAUUAAAUCCAAGAUGUCUGACAACCCAGUUGCUAUUGCUCCGGCUCAGUACAUAUGCGCCCCAGACAGCAAGCACACCUUCCUGGCUGCUCCCGCUCAGUUACUGCUUGAAAAAUACCUCCAGUACCACAGUCAUCGCUUCUUCCCUCUCUCAUUGAAGAACUGCAACCAUCCCGUCCUUUCAGUCGACUGUUACCUUAAUUUAGGACCACAGGUCACAGUUUGUUAUGUCAGUUCUCGCCCCCACUCUCUGAAUGUGAGCUGCUCCGAGAUGAUAUUCAGUGGACUCCUCUUGUACCUCUGCGAUUCCUUCGUCGUCGCCAGUUUCUUAAAGAAGUUCCAUUUCCUGAAAGGUGCCACCUUGUGCGUCAUUUGCCAGGACAGGAACUCCCUUCGCCAGACUGUCGUCCGACUGGAACUGGAAGACGAGUGGCAGUUCCGACUGAGGGACGAGUUCCAAACAGCCAACGCCAAAGAGGACAGACCCCUUUUCUUUCUGACCGGACGGCAUAUCUGAUGAUGCCCACAAUCCAUCAGCCUUGUUCAUAUGGCAUAGGAAGCUGCCUUCUUUCUGACCAAAGAGACAGUUUGCCAACAGAGAGAGAGA